AUGAAUGAUAUUAAUAAAACUAAAGAUAUGCCAACUAACGAGGGAGCUAGCAAGGAUAAGAAUACGAGUGAUAUUGAAAAAACCGAAGAUACAUCAACUAAAGAGGGUAAUCCUGUGAAGGUUUCAAAUCGACAUCUUGAUUUUAGUAACAGUAUUAUUCAUGAAGCCCAAAGUUCAAAGGAAGAAACGAACACAAACUUGUCAACAAGUGUAAAUUUGCAUAAAGAACCAAUGAAUUUGCAUAGAGUGCCUCAUUCCUAUAUUCCUUUGGGAGACCCGAACAAAAACUAUAAUCCGGAGUUUGAAAUUGGAGCAUUGAAAUUUAAGCUGGAGAGCUUUGCUGAGAACGUCGACAGCAAAUUUCAAGCUCUUACAAAAGAAGUGGCUGACAUUAAAGAAAAUAAAGUUUAUUCGAUUAUAAUUCUCGAGAACACUGUCCAUGAAUUAAAGAAAGAGAAAUAUGACCUAAUCAAAGCUAACAACGACUUAAGAGAGAAGAACGAAGUAUUACAUCAAAAAAUUUCGGAUUUUAAUUCGACAGUACAAAGAUUGGAAGAUGAGAAGCAGAGUCUAAUCACAACCCUAAAGCUAGUUCAAAAGGAAACUCAAACUGUUCAGCCGGAUUUGAAUGACAGAAUGCAAAACCUUGAAAACGAAAAUAAGAGCUUAUCAACGGCAUUAACACUCUUGCAACACGAAUUAGAUAAUACUCAACAACAUAAAUGGAAAGUUGUAAAGACGAAGUAUAAUAAACCACCUCCAGAGACCCCAGCAGGAUCAAAUACUAUUGAAACAAAAAAUCAAUAUACAACACUUAGGGUCACUGAUUCUGAACAUGACGAUAUUGCAGCAAGACUGAAAACCCAACAGAUUCUAGAUGAAACUUCGAAUACAACCAAACACAGCAACAUACAGAUGGUUGGAAAAAGCAGUGGUCCAUCAAAUUCUAAUGAGUCAAGUCGUGACUCACAACGUAGUCAACCUAGAAUAGCUAUCCUCGGAGAUUCGAUGAUUAAACAUUUGGACACCAAACGAAUGCAGAAUGGAUUGAAGAAAGGAAAAGUAACGAUUAAGACAUUUCCUGGUGCAGGUAUUAACCAAAUGAAGCAUUAUGCAGUACCAACUCUAAUUACCAAGCCAAAGACACUUAUAUUUCAUGUUGGAACCAACGACUUACAUAACAAAACACCAGAAGAUCUAAUAAAUGCAAUGAAUGAUCUUGGUGAAACAAUCCAUAGACAGAACAACGAUCUGGAACUUAUAUGGUCGGAAAUAAUAACUCGAACUGAUGAUCCAAACUUAGCAGAAAAGGUAAAUGUAGUCAAUGCCGAGCUCGCUAAAUUAUGUACAGAUAAGGGCUGGGGACUUAUUAAACACAACAACAUUAAAGGAAGUCUUCUAAAUAACUCUGGUCUACAUUUAAAUAAACAUGCAUGGAACUACUACAUUAGCUAA